GAACGUUGUCGCAGCACCAGAACGAUGUCGCAACACCAACACAGUUUUGCUCUUGUAGUAGUAAAGGUGGGGUUUUACGUCAUAUAACGUCUUAAAUCAAAGGAGAUGAAUUAUGAAUUACCAGCGGAGCAACCUUGGUCAACUUCUCUUUAUUCUGUGUACGCCUCUGCUUCAGACCUGAACAAUACAGAUGCGAGAUGGGCCCCUUUUUUUUUAUUUUGCUUCAGCGAGGGAUGAUUACUUGGAAAUCGCAGACCACGAUGUUUCUCGCUACCUGGUUCUGUUUGGCGACAAUCGGUGCGUCGCAGAUGGCGAAUUUAUUACUGCCGGGUUUUCAGGGGCAUUCACUUGAAGCUAGUAUCAAAGAGAGGAAUCUGAGUGUCACAACUUAUAUUGUGAUUUGCCCCAAGACUAUAAGAGCAUCGGAGUGUGGGAUACCGGGGGAGGGCAUGACGGUCAUCGCUGCGCCGACAUUCGCAGAGUUAAGACAUUCAAAUAACGUCAACAAUACCGCAUCUUUAUCCUGCCACAUUGAUGGUACAACCUACGCAUCCUGUCAUGCACGGCAAACAAUCUCUGUACAGGCUACGUUAGCGCCGAAAGACCUGAAUUGGAUGAAUAUACCGGUUAUCUCAACGACCGAGGAGGCUAUAUAUGCUCCUCUAUCUUUACCAACUGCGAUAGCAAGCAAAAUAACCACAGAGACGUCAUCAGUUUCCCGUCCAACUGCUAUGCAGAAGCCAACAGCCGAAAAUAUGGGAAUCUCUAGAAGUAUUAUAUCUCAGGCAUUGUAUCGUAUCUCAGCUUCAAUGGUGUUGUUUUCUAUGGGUUAUAUCCUAUUGCUUGCUUUUCUGGAUUGAGACAUUAUCCCUUCGAACUUAUCUAGCCUCCUAAGAUCGCGGCGAUGCCCCUCGGCUAAGUUGGCAAUCUGGCUUCCGGGGUGUCGUUUCUAUGAUCUGACAAUGCAUAUAGC